CACACUCCCAGGGCUCGGCUGGGCGCUGUCAUGGCGGCGGAAGCAGCAGCAGCAGCCGCCAGAGGAGUCAGGCAAGGAAGCCAUGGAGGAGGAGAGGACUAGGGAGUGUGAGAGGCAGCCUCACGGGAAACUUCGCCGCAGGUGAAAGGGAGCACUGUCCAUAUUCUGGUGCUGAGGAAGGAAGACAAAAGAUACUUAGCAGCCAGGAGGAUUCUUUGCACUGUGUUCCAAGUGCUUCAAAAAUUGGACCUGAGGACCUACGACUGAAGUUCUCAUUUCUGCUCUUGCGAGCAGCUUGGAAGUGAACUAGCUAUGGCUAGUGAAGACAAACAGGUUUCCUCUCCCUGGCCAACAGGUGACAACGGAGGAGGGGGAGGAAGUGGUGCCGGAGGGGGAAGAGAAGGAAGCAUGUCGUCGGACAUGGAGAGCAAGUUGCAGCCUUUGAAUCCAGGAAUCCCUAUCCGUGGCAUCAGGAUGAAAUUCGCUGUUCUGACAGGACUGGUGGAAGUGGGUGAAGUGUCCAAUAGGGAUAUUGUAGAAACUGUGUUUAAUCUGCUUGUAGGAGGUCACUUUGAUCUGGAAAUGAAUUUUAUUAUACAAGAAGGAGAAAGUAUUACUUGCAUGGUGGACUUGUUGGAUAAGUGUGAUGUCACUUGCCAGGCUGAAGUAUGGAGCAUGUUUACAGCCAUCCUGAAGAAGAGUAUACGAAAUCUGCAAAUUUGCACAGAAGUGGGUCUCGUUGAGCAAAUGCUUGAGAGAAUUGAUAAAGCUGACAAUAUGAUUGCAGAUCUCCUAGUUGAUAUGCUUGGAGUAUUAGCAAGCUACAACGUGACAGUUCGAGAGUUAAAGCUGUACUUCAGUAAACUUCAAGGAGACAAAGGAAAAUGGCCACCACAUGCAGGAAAGCUGAUGUCUGUUUUAAAACAUAUGCCUCAGAAAUAUGGACCUGAUGCCUUCUUCAAUUUUCCAGGAAAAAGUGCUGCAGCAAUUGCCUUACCUCCUAUAGCCAAAUGGCCCUAUCAGAAUGGAUUUACCUUUCAUACUUGGUUAAGAAUGGACCCUGUAAAUAAUAUCAAUGUAGACAAGGAUAAGCCUUACUUAUAUUGUUUUCGAACAAGCAAAGGACUUGGUUAUUCUGCACAUUUUGUUGGAGGCUGUUUGGUUGUGACCUCAAUUAAAUCAAAAGGGAAAGGCUUCCAGCACUGUGUGAAAUUUGAUUUCAAGCCACAAAAGUGGUACAUGGUUACUAUAGUGCAUAUCUAUAACCGGUGGAAGAACAGUGAGCUCAGAUGUUAUGUGAAUGGAGAACUGGCAUCAUAUGGAGAGAUAACAUGGUUUGUCAAUACUAGUGAUACAUUUGACAAAUGUUUCCUGGGCUCUUCAGAAACAGCAGAUGCCAACCGGGUUUUUUGUGGCCAGAUGACAGCUGUUUAUCUUUUCAGUGAAGCUCUCAAUGCCGCUCAGAUUUUUGCUGUUUAUCAACUUGGUUUGGGAUACAAGGGAACUUUUAAAUUCAAGGGAGAAAGUGAUCUUUUCCUUGCAGACCAUCACAAGCAGUUACUGUAUGAUGGCAAACUUUCUAAUGCAAUUGCCUUUACAUACAAUCCAAGGGCUACAGAUGCACAGCUCUGCUUAGAAUCAUCACCUAAGGACAACCCUUCAAUUUUUGUCCAUUCACCACAUGCCCUCAUGUUACAGGAUGUAAAAGCCGUCAUAACCCAUUCUAUCCAAAGUGCAAUGCAUUCAAUUGGAGGCGUGCAGGUGCUUUUUCCUCUGUUUGCACAGCUGGACUAUAGGCAAUAUUCAUUGGAUCAGCCUGACACAACUGUUUGUUCCAUUCUGUUGGCUUUCAUCAUGGAGUUGCUGAAGAACUCAAUUGCUAUGCAAGAACAAAUGCUUUCUUGUAAGGGCUUUCUUGUCAUAGGGUACAGUCUUGAAAAGUCUUCCAAAGCACAUAUUAGCAGAGCUGUUCUAGAACUUUGCCUUGCUUUUGCUAAGUAUCUGAGCAAUUUGCACCAUGGUGUGCCCUUGCUGAAGCAACUUUGUGAUCACAUUCUCCUUAAUCCUGCAAUAUGGAUUCAUACUCCAGCCAAGAUUCAGCUGACCCUGUACACUUACUUGUCUACUGAGUUCAUUGGCACAGCUAACAUAUACAAUGCAAUUCGACGAGUUGGGACAGUUCUACUUGCAAUGCAUACUUUGAAGUAUUACUACUGGGUAGUAAAUCCUCAGGAUCGCAGUGGAAUAAUUCCAAAAGGUUUAGAUGGACCCCGGCCUAAUCAGAAGGAAAUUCUUUCUCUACGCGCCUUUUUACUGAUGUUUGUUAAGCAAUUGGUGAUGAAGGAUCAUGGAGUGAAAGAAGAUGAACUACAGGGUAUCCUCAACUAUCUCCUCACCAUUCAUGAGGAUGACAAUUUAAUGGAUGUCCUGCAGUUACUUGUUGCUCUCAUGUCAGAGCACCCCAGUUCUAUGAUCCCUGCCUUUGAUCAGAGGAAUGGAUUACGUGUUGUCUACAAACUUCUUGCAUCGAAAAGUGAGGGGAUCAGGGUGCAAGCCCUAAAGGUUAUGGGCUAUUUUUUGAAGCAUUUGGCACCCAAGAGGAAAGCUGAAAUUAUGCUUGGACAUGGGUUAUUCUCUUUGCUGGCUGAGAGGCUCACACUUCAGACAAGCUUAAUUACUCUGACAACAUACAAUGUACUAUUUGAGAUUCUUAUUGAACAGAUUUGCACUCAAGUGAUACGUAAGCAGCAUCCUGAUCCAGAUUCAACAGUGAAAAUACAAAAUCCUCAGGUUCUGAAAGUUAUUGCAACCUUGCUGCGUAACUCUCCUCGGUGCCCAGAAACUAUAGAGGUCCACCGAGUUUUCCUCUCUGAUAUGAUUAAGCUUUUUAAUAGCAGCAGAGAUAAUAGGCGGAGUUUACUACAGUGCUCCGUGUGGCAGGAAUGGAUGCUCUCCCUUUGCUAUUUUUGUCCCCAAAAUUCUGAUGAACAGAAGAUAACUGAAAUGGUGUAUGCCAUUUUUCGAAUUUUACUUUAUCAUGCAGUCAAAUACGAAUGGGGUGGCUGGCGUGUUUGGGUAGACACAUUAGCAAUCACACACUCAAAGGUAUCCUUUGAAAUGCACAAAGAAAACCUUUCUCAAAUGUUCAGGGAAUAUCAAGAAAAAGAAGAUGAUGAUUGUGGUGUUGGUCCAUCCACCGUACUUAGAACUGUUUCAGGCACAAAUAAAGAAGCUGAAAUUACAUCAAGCCACCAGCAACUGGAAAUAAAAGGAGUUGAUAUUUCUGGGAAUGAUGUUGGUCAUGAUGAUGCCAGAAACAGUAUUUUAAGAGAUGUAGAUGGGCCAUCUGCACUUGCAGAAGAAACUAAUUCAGAAGUGAGUGAAGAAAAAAUAAAAGAAAGGAAAAAUGAUCAGAGAUCCUCAGACUUAAAUAAAACCCCACACCUAGAAAUCCCCAUAGAGUCUGAAAUGACAAAACAGAGUUCAGAAGCCUCUUCAAAUGGAACAGUUGAAACAAAUCACAAGGAGGACAUUAUAACCACUACUGAAGCACAGUCAUCUUCAGAAAAUGCAAAUGGAGAAACACUUGAAAGCCCAGAGAUAUUAGAAAAGCUAACACCAGAGGUGGAGGAAGAGGAAGAAGAUUUUGUUGAUUUAAAAGAGGAGAGCAACCUACCGUUUACCUCAGAGGAACGUGCUUCUAAACCCAAUCAAGAGCAUACCUUAGAGGAAAGCAAGAUAACACAAGUGAUACCACCAUUGAAAGAACCUGUUUUAAUAGAAUCAGAAUCCAAAAGUGUUGAGGCAUCAGUGGAAACACAACAAGGGCCAGGUUCCUUUCCAGGGAUCAAUGCUUCUAAAAUCCAUGAUGGAAAAGGUCAACCAAAUUCAAAUGUGGAGAAGACAGAUGGAGAAAAUACUGAUCACCCUCAAAUGAAAACAACUAUAGAUAAUAUGCCACCCCAUACGUCAGAAAUUUUGGUGGCUUCAGACAAGAAAAUUGCCAAACUUGAUGUUUCCAGUGUUGCAUCAGAUACUGAAAGAUUGGAGUUAAAGUCAAAUGCAAGUCUGGAAGCAAAUCAGCCUGUUAGGUCAAUUCCUGAGACAUCUAGGCAGCAAGACCUAUCGGGUCAAAGCAUAGGAGCUGUGUCAGAUGGACAAAGAAGGGAUUCUAGGUCUACCAUGUUUCGUAUUCCUGAAUUCCGAUGGUCACAAAUGCAUCAACGAUUACUCACAGACCUGCUCUUUUCAAUAGAAACAGAUGUACAGAUGUGGAGAAGCCAUUCCACCAAGACAGUGAUGGACUUUGUGAACAGCAGUGACAAUGUCAUCUUUGUACAUAACACAAUUCAUCUCAUCUCUCAAGUAAUGGAUAACAUGAUUAUGGCUUGUGGUGGCAUAUUACCUUUGCUUUCUGCUGCUACAUCUGCUAUGCAUGAAUUAGAAAAUAUUGAGCCGACUCAAGGACUAUCAAUAGAAGCUUCUGUAGCCUUCCUGCAAAGAUUAAUUAGCCUUGUGGAUGUGUUAAUAUUUGCAAGCUCUCUUGGAUUUACUGAAAUUGAGUCAGAGAAAAAUAUGUCAUCUGGUGGAAUUUUACGACAGUGUCUUCGCCUGGUAUGUGCAGUAGCAGUCAGAAAUUGUUUGGAGUGUCAGCAGCAGCAUGUUCUAAUGAAGCCUAGUGGAGAAAAUGUUAAGGGUCAGAAAACAGUACAAGGCCUGAUAGCAGCAGGAAGGUCUGGAGCAAAGAGCCCAGUUGAUAUUGUAACUGGAGGGAUUUCUCCAAUAAGAGAUAUUGACAGACUUCUGCAGGAUAUGGAUAUUAACCGGCUCCGUGCAGUGGUAUUCAGAGAUAUUGAGGAUAGCAAACAGGCACAGUUCUUGGCCCUAGCUGUAGUGUAUUUUAUCUCUGUCCUCAUGGUAUCAAAAUACAGAGAUAUCUUGGAACCUCAGGAUGAACGGAGACAGCCUCAGUCGGUUCAGUCAGUUAAGACAACAAUAACAGAAACAGAAAGUCCACCUGCAGCUAUUACUACUUUAACUGCUGUAUCUGGUCAGGAGUCAGAAAGUGUGGAAUCAGUACAAAGAAGAGAUUCAGGUAUUGAGGAGGAAGCACCUUCUGUUUUGGAACAUGAUUCCGAGCCUGUUACAGAAGUAGGAGCGCAGUCUGUCUGUGCAGGUCCAGAUGCAGUCAGUGAAGUACUGUGCACACUUUCUUCAGAAGUCAAUAAAUCUCAGGAAAACAGAAGUGAGGUGCAAAAUGAGGUGGACAGUAAAACCACAUCCUCUUUACAAGCUGCAAAAAAUGUCAACGUAAAAGACAUUCUAAGAAGCUUAGUCAGUGCCCCUGCAGGUGGGACCAUAGUUGAUCCUGCUGUUCUUCCACCAACUUUUCUUGGUGUCCUUGGAGAUGGUGCUGCUGAACAACCUGUGCAGUUUCAGUCAUUUGACAGGAGUGUAGUUGUGGCACCAAAGAAGUCAGUGGCUUCAUCUACAGCUGCAGUUAACGUGCCAACAAAUGCUGUCAGUGUGGUUUCUUCUCUGGAUUCUGCCCAAGCUCCAGAUGUAAUCGGAGGAUCUCCUGGCAGUGGAUCAUCCAGUUCAAGAUUACCAUCUGUUCCUACAGUUUCUUCUGUGCCUGAAGAUUCUGCUUCAAACAUGAGUAUUACAGAGAGGCUUGAGCAUGCUUUGGAAAAAGCUGCCCCUCUUCUGAGGGAGAUAUUUGUGGAUUUUGCUCCUUUUCUUUCUCGUACACUUUUGGGUAGCCAUGGGCAAGAGCUACUGAUAGAAGGUACAAGUCUUGUGUGCAUGAAAUCUAGCAGUUCUGUUGUGGAGUUGGUCAUGCUACUUUGUUCUCAGGAAUGGCAGAACUCAAUACAGAAGAACGCAGGCCUAGCUUUCAUUGAGCUUGUCAAUGAAGGAAGGUUGCUGAGCCAAACAAUGAAGGAUCAUCUAGUGAGAGUAGCAAAUGAAGCAGAAUUUAUCUUGAGUAGACAAAGAGCUGAAGAUAUUCACAGGCAUGCUGAAUUUGAGUCAUUGUGUGCCCAGUAUUCUGCUGAUAAACGUGAGGAUGAGAAGAUGUGUGAUCAUUUGAUAAGGGCAGCUAAAUAUCGAGAUCAUGUGACAGCAACUCAGCUGAUACAGAAAAUCAUCAACAUUCUGAUGGACAAGCAUGGAGCCUGGGGCAAUUCUACACCAAGUCGUCCUCGUGAGUUCUGGCGCCUUGACUACUGGGAAGAUGACUUGCGGCGCCGGCGACGAUUUGUGCGUAACCCCCUUGGAUCGACACAUCCUGAAGCAACGUUAAAAGCAGCCAUAGACCAUGGUCAGUGUAAAAUCUGCUUCUUGCCAAUAGCAGCAGCUCCAGAUGAAGAUGUACUUGUUAAAGGAAAGCAGUCUAUCAAGAGCCAGGCUUUAGGAAAUCAGAACUCGGAGAGUGAGAUUCUCUUGGAAGGCGAUGAUGAUACCUUGUCAUCCAUCGAGGAGAAGGAACUGGAGAACUUAACUGGUCCUGUUAGUCUGUCUACGCCGGCUCAACUUGUGUCCCCCUGUGUAGUGGUGAAGGGCACACUUUCCAUCACCGCCUCUGAAUUGUAUUUUGAGGUAGAUGAAGAAGAGUCCAGUUUUAAGAAAAUUGAUCCCAAGAUACUUGCUUAUACAGAAGGACUCCAUGGGAAAUGGCUGUUCUCGGAUAUUCGAUCAGUCUUUUCUCGACGAUAUCUCUUGCAAAACACAGCUCUGGAAAUCUUUAUGGCAAACAGAGUUUCUGUCAUGUUCAAUUUCCCAGAUCCUGCAACAGUUAAAAAAGUGGUUAAUUGUCUACCUCGUGUUGGAAUUGGUACUAGUUUUGGACUGCCCCAAACCAGGCGCAUUUCUAUGGCCAGUCCACGUCAGAUCUUUAAAGCAUCAAAUAUGACCCAGCGAUGGCAGCACCGAGAAAUUUCUAACUUUGAAUACCUCAUAUUUCUAAACACAAUAGCAGGACGUUCUUACAAUGACUUAAACCAGUAUCCGGUAUUUCCUUGGGUAAUCACAAACUAUGAAUCAGAAGAGUUGGAUCUUACACUUCCAAGUAAUUUCAGAGAUUUGUCAAAGCCUAUUGGUGCCCUUAAUCCUAAAAGAGGUGCAUUCUUUGCAGAACGCUAUGAAACAUGGGAAGAUGAACAGGUUCCAAAGUUCCAUUAUGGGACACAUUAUUCAACAGCAAGUUUUACACUCACUUGGUUGUUAAGAAUUGAACCUUUCACAACAUUCUUCCUAAACUUGCAAGGAGGAAAGUUUGACCAUGCAGACAGAACAUUUUCUUCAAUUUCACGGGCAUGGCGCAAUUGUCAGCGUGACACCUCUGAUAUCAAGGAGCUUAUUCCUGAAUUUUAUUAUCUCCCUGAGAUGUUUGUCAACUCCAAUAAUUACAGUCUUGGAGUGAUGGACGAUGGAACAGUUGUGUCUGAUGUUGAACUUCCACCAUGGGCCAAAACCCCAGAAGAAUUUGUUCGCCUGAACAGAUUGGCUUUGGAGAGUGAAUUUGUUUCCUGCCAGCUCCACCAGUGGAUUGAUCUGAUUUUUGGCUACAAACAGCAAGGGCCGGAGGCUGUUAGAUCCCUGAAUGUAUUCUACUACUUAACUUAUGAGGGAUCUGUGAAUCUUAAUUCAAUAACAGAUUCUGUUUUGAGAGAGGCUGUUGAAGCUCAAAUCCGAAGUUUUGGACAGACUCCUUCCCAAUUGCUUAUAGAACCACAUCCUCCAAGAAGCUCUGCUAUGCAGGUGUAUCUCCUCCUGCAGACUCCAUUGAUGUUCACAGACCAAGCUCAGCAAGAUGUCAUCAUGGUCCUAAAAUUUCCAUCCAACUCCCCUGUAACACACGUAGCAGCCAAUACCCAGCCUGGUCUGGCAAAUCCUGCUGUGAUUACUGUCACUGCUAACCGACUGUUUGCUGUGAAUAAGUGGCACAAUCUUCCUGCUCAUCAAGGUGCCGUACAGGACCAGCCAUACCAGCUGCCAGUGGAAAUCGAUCCUCUCAUAGCCAGCAAUACAAGUAUGCACAGGAGACAAAUCACAGAUCUUCUAGACCAAAGUAUUCAGGUCCAUUCCCAAUGUUUUGUAAUCACUUCUGAUAAUCGAUAUAUUCUGGUCUGUGGUUUUUGGGACAAAAGUUUCCGGGUGUACUCUACUGACACAGGGAAGCUGAUACAAGUCGUAUUUGGACACUGGGAUGUUGUCACCUGCCUUGCCCGUUCUGAAUCUUACAUUGGAGGAAACUGUUACAUUCUCUCAGGGUCUCGCGAUGCAACACUGCUGUUAUGGUACUGGAAUGGCAAAACCAAUUCCAUUGGUGAUUAUGCAAAUGGUGAAUCUGCCACACCUCGUGCCAUCUUGACAGGACAUGAUUAUGAGAUUACCUGUGCUGCAAUUUGUGCUGAACUUGGCCUGGUAAUAAGUGGUUCUAAAGAAGGACCAUGUCUCAUACAUUCUAUGAAUGGAGAUCUGCUGAGGACAUUAGAAGCUCCUGAAAACUGUCUGAAAGCAAAACUCAUCCAGGCAUCAAGAGAGGGUCACUGCGUCAUAUACUAUGACAACGGCCAUUUCUGUGUAUUCAGUGUGAAUGGGAAAUUGCAAGCCACUAUGGAAACUGAUGACAAUAUACGGGCAAUUCAGCUGAGCCGGGAUGGACAGUACCUGCUUACAGGAGGAGACAAUGGGGUUGUCAUGGUGUGGCAAGUUUGCGACCUCAAGCAGCUUUUUGCCUAUCCUGGUUGUGAUGCUGGCAUCCGAUCCAUGGCUCUUUCACAUGACCAAAGGUGUAUAAUGACAGGCAUGGCAUCUGGGAGCAUAGUGCUUUUCUACAAUGACUUCAACAGGUGGCAUCAUGAAUACCAAACCAGAUACUGAUGCUGGCACUAAUCCAACCAGCACAUGCAGCUGCUCUCAGAUGAAGACUUGAAGCACAAGUCUAUCUUAUAACUUCUUAUAAAUAGUUAAUAUAACAUCUGAAUGUAACUUAAAAUUGCUGGGAGAUGCUAUUUUUAAAAGUUAAUUGCUAUUUUUAUAGACCUUGCUUGACUUUUGGGGGAGGGGCUGAAAGAAGCAGAAAAUGGCAGCUGGGGUUCUGUAGCUUAAGAAAAAAAUCUAUAUUUUUAGUCAUAGUUUGUCUAUUUUGAUCCAAGUAUGGGGGAGAAACCUAAAUAAGAUGGCUAAAAUUCUUGUACUAGCUAUUAUUAUGAAAAAUGUUUCUCAUGUAAAUCUUUAUAAUCUUAAAGAAUAUUUCAUUUUAACAAUGGAAGUUGCUUAUAAUGCUGGAAGUUGCUUAUAAUAUUGGAAUUUCAGACUGGGCUCACCCAAACCACAUUUUGUCUUGUACUUUUGCAAUGAUUGUACUACUUCAAGCACUGAAUUUUCUGGAAAUCAAGACUAUUUAAAUUAUGACAAAUGUAAUUUUGUUUCCAUCAGUGUAAUGAUCAAGCAUGCUUUUAAGUCUAGAAAAUUAGAUUUUGAAUUUUUGUUUGUUUGCUGUUCUGUUGUGCAGCAGAUGAAGAGGAAAACAACAACAAGGUUGAUUUAUCAAGUGUGAAUCUUUAUUUUCCUCCUCUCCCCAUUCCCAUGCAUACCCAAAUGUUCAUUGUUCCUCAAAACCAAAUGUUGUGUUGUGGAUUUGCGGUGCAUCUUUCCAUAAUCAGAUCAUGUGUAGAUUUUAACACUUCAUUCAUUGGCCUACAAAGCCUUAGGCUGAAACCAGAAAAUAACUGCAACUUUGCCUGCAAAAAUUACAGAGGCAAAACCUUUGUUUCCAUUCUAGAAACAGCUUAUGAAAGCUGUGUAGCACAAGCCAUACCUAGUACUAUCUUCUAAAAACAAGGCAUGUUUGCAUCAUUCCUUGCCCAAUCAUGUUGACAAUACAAAAUAAACUCUCUUCCAGUUCUUAGGAAAGUAAAUAGAAAUUUAUACUCUGGAACAAUGUUAUUUUGGUGUUGCAUAAAUUCUACUUUUUCUACAAGAUUGCUGUGCAGAAUUCUGUGAAAAUAAUUGUGAAAAGAACUGUACUGUUUUGUAGGCCUGUAUUGCAUAAAUAACUACUUUGUAUGGUGUACUUUAUUAAGAUUUGAAACUUACAUUCCAUAUCUAUUGGUAUAUAAUUUUCUUCAGCUGCUUUCUUGAAGCAGGUUCCAUUUCCCCACUGCCCCCUCCUCCAGCUACUCUCUUGAAGUAAAGAUCUGAAAGGGGAAAACUCAGUUUGAAAUAAGAAAUUAAAUAAAAAAGAUAUUUGUAAUUUAAUGCAUGGAUUCCUGUCUUGCUAAUAGAGGGCAAAGUGAAUGUCACUUUCUCUACACAACUAAAAACAUUGCCUUGGGAAUUAUUUAAACGUUAUUGUCUAAUUGGGAAUUCUCUUUUUAAAAGGCUAGUCCUGCAC